AUGAAUACAAAGUUGGUUGCAUUUUUAGCUGUUAAACCAUUACAACAGAAGUUUCUAGAGAAUGAAGAAAGACAAGAAGAAGAUCAAGAUAUGAAUGUUGACGACCCAAUAAAUUUGGGUUUAGAGAAUAAUAUUGACGAGGAAACUAUUAGACAUCCGCACAAUCCAGAAAGACAAAUAAAAUUUGAAGGCAUAAAUGUUGAUGACAAUAUAAAUUUGGCUUUAGAGGUGAAUAAUAUAGACGAAACUAUUGGAAAGAAGAAUUUAGAAGAGAAUGUUGAGAGCAAAAAUCUUGUUGAGGGUGGUGAAAUGAUUGGUGGGGAGAAGAUUAGGGGGUGGAAUAUUGUAGAGAAGGUGGUUGGAGACAACAUAGGUGGGAGCUCAAUUGUUACACCAAAACACGAUCCAAAAGGUAUGAAUAUUGUAGACAAGAUGGUUGGAGACAACAACAUAGGUGAGAGCUCAAUUGUUACACCAAAACACAAUCCAAAAGAAACUGGUGAUAAUUCUGAGGGUAAUGAUGAAGAUGGAGAGUUAUAA